UCACGCGGCUUCUCUUUCUAUUUCUCUUCUGCAACUUGCACCAUUUCCCACGCGCCUUUUUCAUUCAUCAUUUCAUUCUUCAGAAUAUUCGGUUAAUUUCAACUGAAUUCAUGCUUACAAUAUGAUGUGUUUAUUCUUCAAACGAAAAUCCAAAUCCGAGCCACAGCUGCAAAAAACAAUCAGGAACAGCAAGGUCAAGUCCACCAACUCGCGAUCGUUAUCGCCAUCGCCAAGGAGUGUUAAUGAAUUGUAUAAGGAGAACCAGCACAAUUUCAGGGUCUUCACUCUCAGGGAGCUCGUAGAUGCAACCAAUGGUUUCAAUAGAACGCUCAAGAUCGGUGAAGGUGGUUUCGGAAGUGUUUAUAGAGGAACCAUUCUACCUCUACAUCGACAUGCUGAUCCAAUUCUCGUUGCUAUCAAAAAGCUCAACACUCGUGGCUUUCAGGGGCACAAAGAAUGGCUUGCUGAAGUUCAAUUUCUCGGCAUCGUUAACCACCCCAAUUUGGUUAAGUUAUUGGGAUAUUGCUCUGUAGACACCGAGAGAGGAAUUCAAAGGCUAUUGGUGUAUGAAUUCAUGCCAAAUAGGAGCCUAGAGGAUCAUCUUUUCAACCAUUCUUUACCUCACUUGCCUUGGAAAACUAGAUUGCAGAUCAUGCUUGGUGCUGCUGAAGGAUUGGAUUACUUACAUGAGGGAUUGGAAGUUCAGGUGAUCUACAGAGAUUUCAAAUCUUCAAAUGUGCUGUUGGACAAAAGUUUCCAUCCCAAGCUCUCGGAUUUCGGUCUAGCUAGGGAGGGCCCAACCGGUGAUCAGACUCAUGUAUCUACUGCAGUAGUUGGAACACAGGGAUAUGCAGCGCCGGAGUAUGUUGGAACAGGACAUCUCAAAGCUAAGAGUGACAUAUGGAGUUUCGGCGUGGUGCUCUAUGAGAUUCUCACAGGCAGGAGGGUUCUGGAAAGAGAUCGUCCCACAGGAGAACAGAAGCUUCUAGAGUGGGUCAAGAAGUACCCUGCUGAUACUAGCAGAUUCAGCACCAUAAUAGACCCUCGCCUCAGGAACCAAUACUCCCUUGUUUCGGCUCGAAAGAUCGCCAAGUUAGUGAGAUAGUGGAAAGCUUGAAGCAAGCAUUGCAGCUUUCAGAAACCUCAAACAAUUUUCAAAAAGGUUAAUAGAGGCAGUUCAGGAAAUGCCAAAUUUAGUGACCUUCUGUAGGACCAACAAUUUGACAAUCUAUGCAUUAUAUUGAGGUCAACCUGAGGGAUUUAGAGUUUUGUGUUAUAGUUUGUCAAUGUUUUCUAAAGUUGUUUGGAAAUUGGAAUAUGUAGCAGUCCAUUUUGAUCAGAAAUAGUAAAGUGGAAAGUUAAAAUCUUGUAAAGCAAUAAGGGGAACAUAAACAUUUUUAUUCUUUUGUUUUCUUCAAUUCCUUUUUUGCUGAAAGCCUGAAAGUAGUGUUGAUAGAUUAUGCCAUUUGAAAAUCUAUCACCACCACUGCCUAAGACGACUUUGAAUAUUUUGGGGUCUAAUUUGACCUUUCAACUUCAUCUUGGCCACAUCCUUCACCUCUCUUACUGAAGUCUUGGUUGUAGACUUGUAGUUAAUGAUGAGAGUUGAGAUUAGACUCUUCAGAAUUUCCAAGGAAUUAAUUGUCACUGUCUCUGAAGUCUUAAGUCCA